CAUACAUUGAAAAUUUUGUUAACUAAUUCAUUUGCACAAAAACUAAAUGAAAUUAAAAAAUGAAAAAUAAUGCCAAGUGGCUAUGUAUGUAUUCAAAUUAAGUUUUUCCAGAUUAGUGUCAGUUAGAAGCUCGUUGAUCAAAACAGUCUACAAAUUAUACUUUGAUAUUAUUUAAAUUUUAUUGAAAAAUCAGAAUUUCAAAUAUGUGCCCCACUUAUAACGGUUAUUGUCAAAAUUGUUCACAAAAAAUAGAUAAUGAACUUCAAGAAAAAUAUAGAGAACUUGAUGAAAUGUUUAAAAAAGAAGAACUUCAUUUAUCGCAAUUAGAAAAACUUCAUCAAGAAAAUGAUAAUAGAAAAAAGAAUAAAAUCAGAGAAGAUGAAGAUAUUUUGGAAAAAAAUAAAGAAUCAGAAUACAAAAAAAUUGAAGAGGAAAUAGAACAUUUAAACAAAAGUUUUUUUAAGAAAGAAAAAGAUCUGUAUUUAGAAUUUGAGUUUGAAAAGCAAAAUUUAAUUGAAACUGAAAAAUUAAUAGAACGGCAAAUUCAAUUUGAAGAAAAAAUUUUAUGUGAAAUGAAAACAAAUAUUGAAGAGCAGUGUCAUGAAAAAGAAAACCAAUUACAACAAGAGCGGAAGUUUAUAAAUCAAAGUUUAACUGAAAAACAAAAUAAUUUAGAAAAAAAUAAUGAUAUGGAAAAACUAAACUUAAAUAAAAAGCGAUAUGAAAUGGAAAAAGAAAUUUUAAAAAAACAAGCCGAAUUGAGAAAUGAAACAGAAAUAAACUAUAGGGCUAUGUUACAUGAGAUAAAUAAUAAGAGAAUAGAAUUAGAAAUUGAAGAAAACAAUUUAAAUGACCAACGAAAAUUGAUGAAAGAGGAGCUUAAAAUUAAAGAAGAUUAUAUAAAUCGAAGAACCAACGAAAUUGAAAAUACAGCUAAGAAACUAAAUGAAAUGCAAGAGCAAAAUUUGAUCGAUAAACAAAAAUAUUUGGAGCGGGAAAAAAAUUAUAACCACUUUCCAAAUAACAUAAUCUUCAAUGUUAAUUAUUUCAUACGGACAUUAGGUAAUAAUGAUAUUCUGCCGCAACCAGGAAGUAUUGAGCAAGAUGAAAUUCAUUUACGUGAAAGAAUAAAGAAUCUAACUAAAAAUGAAAUGGAAAAUUUAACAAAAAAAGUGUGCAAGGCUCUUGAUCGAUGUGGAAUUUAUGACAAAGAUGAUCCUAUUGCCAAGAUGAUUAUAAUUAAAGCUACAAAAAAAUUUCUAAAAGAAGGCGUCUAAUAUUACGAAUGAAUGAAAUUUUAUAAAAUCAUAAUCUUAUAGAAUUGCAUCAUAUAGCAUCAUUUACAUUUUAGUAUUCCUAUUUUGAGUUUUAAAAAUAGAUGUAUGUAGGCAAGUGCCUAAUUAUAUGUGUAACAAA